AUGUCAGCUUCCCCGGUCAAGCCCCGCAACAAUGACAAGCCGACGUGGGAGGAGGCAAUCCAGGUGACGCCCCUCGACUCCCACCGUUAUGCCGCGUUUCUACAGAGCGAAUGGUGCAUUGGGACAGUUCCCCACGGUGGCUAUACCACCGCCGUCCUCUACCGUCUCGCCACAACCCAUUUCGCUCAUACCCAUGCCUCUCGAUACAAUGCGCCGGCAACGCCCAUCUCAAUGCAGCUCCAAUUCCUGCGCCGCACGUCCGCCGGACCGGCCGUGAUGACCGUGCACGACACGAAGCUCGGCGCCCGAACCAGUACCAUCCACGUUACGUUAUCGCAGCCCCGCGAAAAGAAAGGGCCCGCCGCGGAGGGCAACGGCGGCGAUUUGGAGGCUAAAGUCACCGGAUACAUCACCGUCAGCCCGGCCACUGCCGAGGUGGGCCUCUCCGCGACCACCGGCUGGAGUCUGUCGCCCCCAGCGGCCCCCGGGUCCGGGGCGAACGGGCGCGUGGACUUGGCGACCCUGGCACGGACUGGCCGCGACGGCGAGUGGAGGCGCGUGGCCGCGCCCUUCCCCAAAUUCCGCCGUGCGACGCAGCAGGUCGAUCUGUACGGGCCGGACCCGGCCCUCGGGAGGCGGUCAGUAGUGGAUCAAUGGGCGCGAUUCCGGCCCAACGGUGACAGCGAGGCGCGGUGGACCAACGAGGCGGCGGUCUACCUGACCGACAUGUUUCCGAUGGCGCUGGACGGGCUCGACGCGAUGGCCUCGGAGGCGGCUUCGGCGGGCACACCAGGCACCCAUUGGUAUCCGACGGUCACGUUGAACAUUGACUUGAAGAAACGGCUGCCGCCUCAGGGGGUCGAGUGGCUCUACAGUCGAGUUCACGUGAAAGUCGUGCGGGACGGGCGAACCGAUAUCGACGUGGUGAUAUUGGAUGAACAGGGGGAGGUGGUGGCCUUGGGUACCCAGGUCGGACUGGUGUUGAGUGCCAGUCGCAACGUGGGGCAACGAUCAAAGAUGUAG